UCUUCCGAGUUUUCAAUUUCGCGUCAACCCUAAGCUCAAUGAUCCGAAUUGGGAUCGAAUCGAAAACCUCAGUGGACUUCGUCUGUGAUGACUGUUGACGAAACUACUAGAUGGCUCGAUUUCAAUUCUGUUGCGGUUUUUGCCGUAAACCCUAGCUCAAGCUACCGAUUCGCCAUUGUCGAGCCCAAUUCGGGUGGUUUAGACCCGGAUUCGGAUUCAGAGUCGCCGAUUUGAACCCUACUAAAGAUGCUGGGAAGGGUAAUUUCAUCAUCCUAAAGAUGUGUUAAGUUUCACUGCUUGGUUGCUCUAUAGCUAUCAAUGUCUCUGGGAACUUGUCUCUGGGAGCUGAGUCCACGAUUGUUGCUGGGACCUUUGAGCUUUCGGCUGGUAACGCUAGCUUUGCUGAUGGAUCGGCUGUGAACACGACGGGUUUAGCUGGGAGCCCUCCGGCGCAGACCAGUGGGACGCCGCAGGGGAUUGAUGGUGGGAGGGGAGCUUGUUGUUUGACUGAUACUAAGAAGCUUGCGGAAGAUGUGUGGGGGUGGGGAUGCGUACUCGUGGUCGACUCUGGAUGAGCCGUGGAGUUAUGGGAGUAAAGGCGGGUCGACGAGCAGGGAGAUUGAUUAUGGGGGAGGAGGGGGUGGGAGAGUGAAGAUGAAUGUAACGCAGUUUCUGGAUGUUAAUGGGAGCCUUUUGGCGGGAGGAGGUUAUGGAGGAGCUAAAGGUGGUGGUGGGUCUGGUGGCAGCGUCUACAUCACGGCGUAUAAGAUGUAACGUACUUUCGUUUCUAUGAUGUCUUUCCAUUGAUUUUUAAGUCUUUUUUAGUCAGCAGAGAAGGCAAGAUUUGCAAUAGAUUAAGCAUUACUUGCUUGGUCCUGAUUUUUAUCAAAUUAAUGGUAGCAUGAAGACUAUGUCAAGAUAAAUGUCAUCAGGUCAAUCACUGCACCACUUCACUAACCGGUAUAACUAACCGCAACCCAGAUUAGGGUUUAAAUUGACUAGCUAGUCUGGUCAUAGUUGUACCAUUAGGUAUUAUUGAUUAGAUACCUCGUUAUUCCUUGUCAUGAUUAUUCGUACAUCAUGAUUUUCUUAUAUCUUAAAAAUGACAAUCUGGAGAAACGCUAGAUUAUUUACAUUAUAUAAUAUAGUUUGAUUUCACAUAAUAUACUUAUUGUGUAUCUAUCUAAUUUGAAUAGAUGGAACCAUCUUUUUCGAUACUUAACCCAAAAUAUAAAGGUAAAAAAGGAAAUAAAAUUAAAAGAACCAUCGACUGUCCAAAUGGAAUGGUUCCUAUACAAAGGAACACAAAUGAAUAUGUUGCAAAUGGUAAAUAUUGGGCAGAAAAACAUUCUACUCCACUUACGGUCGAAAGCCAUGAAACACAUUUUGCCGGAGUUAGAACACAAGAUAAAAGCCCUUACCAUGGUUUGGCUGCUUGGAUGAGUGUGCAUGAUUUGAACGUUAGUAACGACCAGAUUUCCUACACUGCCAUAUAUGUAGAAAGUGGAGUUAACAACAAAGUUAACUCUAUCCAAACUGGUUGGAUGGUGAAUCCAAGUUUAUUUGGUGACAAUCGCACAUGGAGUUAUGGAUUUUGGAAGGGUGCUAAUGGAGCAGGCUGUUAUAAUACAAUAUGUCCUGGUUUUGUUCAAGUGUCAAAAACUGAUCUUUUAAGUGCACCUUUUCCUUAUCCCGGCAAAGGACAAGGAGAAAGAGCAGUCUAUACUAGUAUUUUACAAGAUAAAAUAACAGGAAAUUGGUGGACAACAGAUGUAAAAUACAGAGGACCAGAUACACAUAUUGGUUACUGGCCAAAAGAACUAUUUGAUCUUAUAGCUAAUAGUGUGGAUAUGGUUGGAGUUACGGGAGCAGUCCGGGCUUCUUCAUCUGGUAUAAGUCCGCCGAUGGGUAAUGGUCUUCUACCAACUGAAGAUGAAAAAGCGUCUGCACAUGUUAAAAACCUUGAAAUCUUAGAUUCUGAGUUUAUAGUCCAAGAAAGUAACAAAUAUAAUUUAGAAAAGGUAUUAGAUAACAACAAAUGUUAUGGCUUAAAGGAUGGUAAGAAAGGUAUUUCCUUCAAAGAAUCCAUUUUGUUUACAUAUGGUGGACCGGGGGGAGAUUCUUGUGGAAUCUAGUAGUAACUUGUUGAAUCUUAUUAAUGGUACAAAGUAAU